AGCAGUUUUACAGAAGAUCAGGCAUUAACAGACGAUAAAACUAUAAUGUCGAUGAAUCAUCAUUAUGUAAUUAGUUAAAAUACGAUCGUUAGUCGUGUUUAAAAAUAAGUAAUUUAAUAAUAAUUGUAUUAAUAACCCCAGUGAGUAAGCUGAGAGCUGAAAGGAAGGAACCCUGAUGUCCCGGAUGUGCUUUUACAGCAUUGCCGUGUUUUCAUCGCGUACCAGACUGUACAAUACAAUCCGACUAAUAUCGUAAUCAUCCGUAAAUUAAGUGAAUUGUGCAGCGAUUCAGCACAUAUAUUAUUCGUCAAACGAUGGCAGUUGUACCUCCUAAUCGACCAUCUACCGGCUGGCCCCGUGGAGUAAACCAGUUCGGAAAUAAAUAUAUUAGCCCUCCCGCUAAGCCGCUCACCCUCGAAAGAACCAUCAACCUAUACCCACUAACAAAUUACACAUUCGGCACCAAGGAGCCGCUAUAUGAGAAGGACAGCUCAGUGGCCGCACGCUUCCAGCGGAUGCGGGAGGAGUUUGAGAAGUCUGGGAUGCGGCGGACAGUGGAGGGGGUUCUGAUCGUGCACGAGCAUAGACUCCCUCACGUACUACUGCUGCAGCUGGGAACCACCUUCUUCAAACUCCCCGGUGGUGAAUUGAACCCCGGAGAAGAUGAGGUGGAAGGAUUGAAGCGACUGAUGACAGAGAUUUUGGGGCGACAAGAUGGAGUGAAACAGGACUGGGUCAUUGAUGACUGCAUUGGAAACUGGUGGAGACCGAACUUUGAACCACCUCAGUAUCCCUACAUACCAGCACACACCACUAAGCCUAAGGAACAUAAGAAACUAUUUCUAGUACAGCUGCAGGAGAAAGCAUUGUUUGCUGUGCCAAAGAACUAUAAGCUGGUGGCCGCCCCCUUGUUUGAGCUUUAUGACAAUGCUCCUGGUUAUGGCCCUAUUAUAUCCAGUCUUCCACAAUUACUGAGCAGGUUUAAUUUCAUCUACAACUGAGAGGCAUAGGGUUAUGUUAUGACCAUGGGCUGUCUCUGUGAGUGCAGUCUGACUGGAAAAGGAGGGUCAACAGAUGAAGUGAAGCUGAUCGUGUGAUUGGGAGGUCCACUGAAUUUUACCAAACCUCUCACUUCCAGACCUUAUUUCUUCAAUUGCUCUCUUUUUUGUCUCCUCUACAGAUGCAUUGCAAGUCUGUUGUUUUCACUGAGUAACUUCAUUUUUAUGUUUGAUUAGUAAAUGAAUGCAAUGUUUUAUUUAAACAUGUUUUUUUUAAACCUUAUAUAUUUGUCAGUUAUUUUUAUAAUAAAUGUUUCUCUUGGAGAUUAUGUAUGUUUCCUUGGUUUAAUUUAAAGUCUAUAUUAUUGAUAUUGUAUUGUUGCAUUUUUGUAAUUAGCUAACUUAAAUGUUAUAUGGCGGCUCAUGCUAAAAGACAUUGUUUUGGUGAAUUUGAAUAGAAAAUUGUUUCUUUGUGUGGAAAAAAUCUCUCUUGUGUGCAUCUUCUGUUAAAUUAAAUCAUGACGCAUUGCAUGAAUUGGUUGCUUUGCUUUAAAACUGGAAAUUACACUUUGCCAUUCCGGUUUGUUACCAUAGUUUUGAUGUAAUUUGUUUGCUAUUUACAGCUGAUAUUUAUGGCCCAUCUGAAAUCUGUUUUAGUGAUUGAUAAAUUCUCUUGUUAAAAUUGUGUGAUAACACAUCUAGUUUAGUUAUGGGAAGAGUUAACCCAGAAGCCACUUCACUUGCUGUAGCCUGUAUAUUUAUUUUGUGUGUGUGUGUGUAUAUAUAUUCCCAGUUAGUGGGUAGUUAGAAGAGAGUAUUGAAGAGAAAACUCUGCAUUGUCCAGAUAAUAGUGAAAAUCAUGGACUGGCUCAACGCAAGCAUCAGCUCAAAUUCUGCAUUUGCAUCCUCACCAACAGCACUAUUGACUCGAGAAAGAUGUACCUGCAAUGAGUGUACAUCGCUACAACAGUGUCAUCAAGUGAAAGAUCACUGACAGGAUAAUACUGGAAAAGAGCCGCAGGUGGUUAAAGUUGACUGGCCUCUGGAUCCCUUUGCUUUUGCCCUACCAGUGUUAUACACUAGAGGACUUAAAGGCAAGACUGGAUUGCUAAGGUGCCAGAGGACAAUGGAGACACCAUUGUUCUGCUCGAGAUCAUGUUGGGGUUUGUCAUCCCAUAUUCAGUCGUGCUAGCAUGUUAUCUCUGGUUGCACAAAGGGCUGAGGCUAACAGCAGAGUUCAAAGGGUUACAAGAAGAGACUUGUAAUCAGCAUUGUUGUGGCUUUCUUUAUUUUUUUGGACUCCUGUGCAAAAAAAAUCAAUGUGUUGGAUAUUAUGACUAACAUCACUGAAAAGUCAAAUCCAUAUUUGUAUAAUCAGCUGAAGUCCUUCCGUAGAGUAUCUGGUGAUACCAGUAAGGCGCUAGAUAAACUGUUGUUUGAAUCCUUUUCUCUAUGCUAACUCUUCAAGAAAUGUCAAAAUAGAAAGAAAUGAUUGAGAUGUUCCUUUCACAAUGUCUAAUCUGAGAAUGGUUUCCAUUUAACUUUAUGCCCUACCAAAAACUAAUUGGUUUAUUGUCCUCGUGUUGGUAGAUAAAAUAUACUGGUAAUGGCAGUCCCUCUCCAUAUAGGAAUAAUGUAUUUGCCUUCAUUAAUGUAUAACUAACCAAUAUUCUAAAUAAUCAAUUGUGAUCAGGUAAGAUUAACCUACCAAAAACAUUAUUUUAUAAAGGAACAGUUUGUAUUAAGAUUGGUAUUGAACCUCAGAGACCCAAGCACUGGCAUUGAUAAUAUUAUUUUUUUCAUACAUGAAAGUGUUUUUAGAAAUCCACUGAUUAUUUAUAAUGCUUAAAACAAAUGUAGCAAUUCUGUUACACUUAGGUAUAAAGUGUUAAAUAAAGUGAAACUACAGUAUACAGUUUUUAAUCCCCAUCCAUUAAUUGGCUGUAUCAGUCCACUCUCUCCGCUCAAUCAACAGCUGGUGUGUGAUGAGUGUUCUGGCACUGUUCUGCAUAACACAUCGCCUCAUUUUUGCUUAUCGCGGCCCUUUAGGCACGACCGGACGCUCUGUUCUCCCGCUGGCAAGUCCGUCCCUGAUCGGCGCCAAAGUGCGUCGGUCCACUGGGAAAAUGCCAGAUUGCCAGCCCAGUCCUAAGCCACACGAUAAAAUGCGAAGGUUUCAUCAGUCGCGGAGGCGAGUCACUAUGCCACCACACGGUCUUAAGGGGGUCGCACACCGAACGAGAAGCGCAGCGCCAUGUCUUUAAAAAUUCGAACACAUUAUUCUCUAUGAGUGUACACACACCGGCGGCGCCAUUCGGCGUCUGUCCGCGGCGCCUAGCUACGGCUCAGGACCUUGUUCAAAACCCUGCCGCGCCACAGAGCGCCAUUUACAUAGUUGUAUAUUAAAUUUACAUUUAUUUGUCUCAAAUCGUCGUUAAUGUACAUACUGACUUCACCCUGUGCUGCAAUAUACAUUUAGUUUAACAUUCCUAAUUUAUAAGCUUGAAUAAAGUCAUAUUGGAAAUACAACGGAUAACGUUACAACAAAAUAACAGACUUAACAACGUGAUAGACACUUUUACUUGAUUAACGUUCAAACAUCAGCUAUUAUUCAAUUAACAUAAAAAAUAAAUAAUACAUCAAGUUAAAACUCACCCAUCGUGCAGCUCUUCUAGACUUCUACCAGGAGUUGAUUCAAACUCCAAAACAGCAACAAACAAUAUGUUUAAUUACUUGUAUAAAUAACUGCAUUAAUACAUAAGAAAAUACAUAACUUCAGACAAUGUCUUCCUCUGUUGUAGCAACAGUACAUAUGUACAGAAUAGAAACACUGCAUAUACUUUUGUGAUUUUUAGGUCUCUGUAUUUGAAAGUUAAUUUUAUAUAACCUUAUUGUUGAGAAGAUGAUUUGAGUGAAACUUUUUAUAAAACCUUGGUUAAACCUUGUUAACAUGUGGCUUUUCUUCACAGAUGUAGGAGGAGUCAAUUUAGCAAUUGUUCCCCUCAAACAUCAGUAGCUCAGAAGAUUCAGCAGUGUUUGAUCAUGAUGGAGCUCAUCUUAGGCUUUAAUUUAACAUCUGAUGUGGAAAACAGCUUCAACAACACUUUAGUCCAUUCAGGCCCCAUGACUCCUGCUGUAGUUCUGGGUCUGUGCUGUUUUGUGGGUUUGCCCAGCAAUAUUGCAGUGAUCAUCAGCAUUGCUCGUGAGUGGAACAGAAAUUUAAGCUUCACCUUUAAACUAAUACUAAACCUUGCUGUCUCUGAUGCCUUGACUCUUUUUUUGGCUCCUUUUGUAAUGUAUGGAAUACUCUUUGGGUGGACUCUGGGCCUUUGGUCUUGCAGGAUUCUGUACUUUUUGGGUCACUGGAGUUUGUAUGUUGGUGUCCUGACAGUCACUGCAAUGAGUUUGCAUCGCUAUCACAACAUCAUCAAGUCAAAGAUCACUAACAGGAUGAUACUGCAACGACUGGAAGAGAACCGCAGGUGGAUACAGCUGAUUGCCAUUUGGGUUGUAGCCUUUGUUUUUUCCUUACCUGUUUUCUUUACUCAAGUACUUAAAGACACAAAUGGAUUGCUAAGGUGCCAGCGAUCAAUAGAGCCACAGUCUGUUCUGUUGACUGUUCUACUCCUUGAGAUACUGUUGGCAUUUGUCCUCCCUUUUUCAAUUAUGGUGACAUGUUAUCUCUGGCUGCACAAAGGGCUGAGCCAAAUAGCCAAGAGUUCAAGAGCAAGUAGGUGUUUAAGAGAUCAGAUGUUCCGAAACAAGGGGAAAAAGUUAGGGGUUACAAAAUGAGACUUGUGAUCAGCAUUGUUGUGACAUUCUUUCUUUUCUGGACUCCAGUGCACAUCAUCAAUGUGAUUGAUAUUGUUACUACUCUGACCAGAACAUCUCAUCCAAGUGUUUAUGAUCAACUGAAAUCCUUCCGUAGAGUUAUUGGUGAUACAAGUAAGACACUGACUUUGAUAAACUGCUGUCUGAAUCCCAUUCUCUAUGUUGUCUUUUCAGAAAAUGUCAUUAAAUGUCAUAAGUAGAUAGUAACAUCUUAUUGUUUCUUCUGCCAUUUUAAUUUCAAAUACUAAUUUGUCUUAAGAUUUGACAACUUAUCCGGUACCCUGUCAUAGAGA